AUGGCCUCAAUCUCUGCCGAGGCCGCUAGGCCAGUGCAGAAGCAGCAGGCGCGCCGCCCCGUUUCGCGCAUUGUGCCUGCCAUUCCUCUCCGUUUGUCGCGUAAGGCACCAGCUGCGAGACCCAUCACGCCUGAAGAGUCGCACAAGGGUCUCGUGACGCAACUGAAGCAGGAGCCGGAGCCGCAGCCGCAGCCCCAACCGCCGGCACUGGAGGAGAGAACGGUCGAAGAGCAGCCGGCCGAAGCCGCCCAGACUCCUCUGACGCCGGAGUCUAAGACGUCUGUCGAGGUGCCUGAGGCUGAGGCGGAAGUUGAGGCUCCGGUUCUCACACGCUCUCCGGCGAAGUCGCUGGACGCUGAGGUGACGCGAGCAGCCGAAGCUCAAGCCCCAGCACUCACCGACGCGCCCAGCCAUUUGCACGAAGCCCGUCCCGCUGCUCCGGUCGACAGCAAGCCGCUCACGAACGGCGUGCAUCGGAAAGAGCUCCCGCCAGCUUUUGUCCCGUCGAGCAUGAGCGGCAUGAGCACGCCUGUUGCUGAGAACCAUGACAACGUCUUCCACCCGGCUAGACCGAGUGUAGACGGCCCCAUGGGCGGUUUCAUGCAAGACUCGCCAGCCCAGCCUGCCACUCCUCACGGCUACGAGACGGGUGGACACGGACACCGCCAGUCAGUGCCGCGCAUUCCGCCUGGCUUUGCGCCGCCCGACUUCACGCCAUCCUUCUUCCCUGGGCACUCCCACCAUCCCUCGGACGCUGGAGCGCCUUGGCUCUACCCACCGUACUCAAUGCCCCCUCCUCCGGAGCAAAUGUACGGCAACGGAAGCGAAUUCCAGUCGCCUCCGUUCACCGCGGGCCCUUCUGCCUACCCCGAUCCCUACCAGAGCGCCUUCUCUCUAGAGGAUCCCCGUUUUGCUGCGAACGGCAUCGCUACCUCUCACUCGCAGUCGCCCAGCAAGUCACAGUUCGGUGAGGCUUUACCUGUCGCUGACCGAGUGGAGGUGCAACAUGCACAGCCGCAGCAGAAUGGUGCUGGACCGCGGAACGACGAGAUGAUCGAGUCGCCUUUCGAGCUUGCUUCUUACCUGUCUACCCAAUUUGGCAAUCCAGAAUUCGCAGAUUUUGUCUUGCAGGUCCGCUCGCCUGAGCUCCAGUACAUAUCUGUUCCUGUCCAUGGAAUUGUCGUUGUUCGCAGUCCAGUCAUCGCCAAUGCUGUCCGUCGCAGCAUUCCUCCUGCCCAUCGAUCCAGAGACUCGCGCCGCCUUGUUGAUGUGCUUACCACAAACCCGUUCGUCGGCAAUGAGUCGAUCCAAGAGGCCGUCAAGGUGCUCUACGGAGCGCCGCUUCUGUCAAUGCAGGCUUUCUUAUACGGUCUUGGCCAUUACACUUCAGAGGUACCGCAUCCCCAGGCAUCAAAAGAUGCUCGAAGGCGCAUGGAUCAGCUUCUGAGCUACGUUGCAGCUGGCAGUGUUUUGAAGAUUCCCAGCAUGCAAGCAAGAGGUGUUGAGAUUGCCAAAGCGCUCCUUCGAUGGGAUACCGUAGAACGGGUCCUUCACUACGGUCUCCAUGCGGCAAGAACGGCCCCUCGACCUAACGCCGAUGGCGCCGAGGUUCAUGAUCCAUUCGCCGCCGAGCUCUUGAAUUCAGCCGUAGAGUUCAUUGCGUACAACUUCCCUGCCGACUUCAACUUUUACAGGAUCGCGUCCGAGCUCCAAGACGACCCCCGCUUGCCUAGCCUCACUGAAGCGCGCGCAUCAUCACACAACCCACGAUUGAGCAAGAUUCGCUUUGGAGAUGCGCCCACAGACGAUGACGCACAGAUUAGUCCGGUCUCGAGAACACUGUCCAGCAUUCUUUUGUCCUUGCCGCUCCCUCUCCUCGACCGCCUAUUCAAUCACCGAGCGACUGCCAACCAAAUCGGAUGGACUGGCGCUGCAAAGGUGCUGCACAGUGUUGUAGACGAGCGCGAGAGCCGUCGUCAGAAGGCUGUUCGAGCCCAGCUGCAGCUCGAUAGUGCAGCGCCAAGUGCUCUGAUGGACAACUUGUACGUUGAGGAGCGUGUUGAGCAUGUUGGUCCCUCGCCCGUUCAUCCUUCUGGCUACAUGCUAUCAGCGCAUCGCGCCAACGGCCAGGCCUGA